AUGGUGAUCGCCGGUGGUUCUGAGCUGUCGCCAGUGCGCACUGCCGCGCCGUUGGCUGUGGUCGGCAUGACCCCGUCGGAGCGCGGAACGGUGACCAUCCCGACGAAGCCCCCUGUACCACCGGCUCCGAGGCCCGCGACAACAGCCGCUGAAAUCCCUCGUCCCCUUGCACCCGCGGAUCCUGUCGCGUCGGUCGUUCCCCCGAAGGGCUCUCCAACGGUGGACGUUCCGGCGGCCCCCCUCGUUGCUCCGCCUACCCCUGUGUGCCUGGGCCCUGACCCCCCUGCUCUGGUGGUUGCUCCGCACCCCCCUGCUCCUGUUGGUGCCGUGUCUGUCCCCGCCGUCCCUGCUCCGCUGCUUGCCGCCGGUGCCCCUGCUGUGCUGAUCCCUGUCGGCGCCCCCGCAGUGCCGAACCCUGCCGUUGGUUCGUCGCCGCGGGCGGUGUCAACCACCACUGGCGGCCCGGGCCUUGGGGAGUCGGGGGGAGCCGCCCCGCCGAUUGUUCCCGCGUUAUCUGCUGUCGUUCCGCAGACUCAGCGCCCGCCGUCUCCUGGCGGCCGGCGGCAUCGGCCGCACUCCCCUGCGCCACGUGACGAGCGGGAGAGGUCGAGGCGGCGACAUGACUCUCCUCGGCGCCAUGGAUCCCAGGCGAACUGGGCUGCAUCUCGUGGCGGACGCGGUGGCUGGUGGGGAGGGCGCGGUCGUGGCGGGGACUGGGCAUAUGAUCGGCCUGUGUCGAUGGCCGAUCUGCAGCGAGUUGUGUCGGCUGCGGUGCGCGAGGAGCGGAAUGGGCACGCGAGCCAAAGCAACUCGCCUCGCGGCCCUCCGUCCCGUGCGUCUCCUCCACCUGUUGCGGCCCCUCCGCCUGCAACUCCUCUUCCUCGGCCGGAUGUUCCCCCUGCCUUCGAUCCCGCUGCAUCUGCCGCCGCUCCUGGGAAUCGCAUGCGGCUGCCGUGGAUUCCCCCUGUGGCAGGUAUUGAAUUUGUGACCGCGGCAGGGGGACCUGUGACGGCACAGUAUCCGUCCCUCCUGCCUGUGGGUCGUGCUCCUCCGGCUGCUGCGCCACUGUUGUGGCGCCUCUCAGAGGGUUUGCGGGCCGUGCAUCUGAUUCAGGUGUAUGGGCAUGCGGCUCUCUCCCAGGGCGUUUCUCUGGAUGGCGGACCUCGGGAUGAGUGCCUGGAUGCCGCAGAUCGGCUUGCCGAGCUCCUGGCGCCCGUGUUGGCCGCGCCCGCGCGGGGUGGAGUUGCGGGCGUUGGACAGCUUGGGACCGCUCUCCGCGGUCUGCGCCGGUUUUUGCGCACAGGGACUCCAAUCGACCUGAUCGGCGCAACCACUGUGGUGGUGCGCGAGCUUCAUCGCUCCCUGACGGGGCUCCUUGCCGUUCUUGACGCGGAUCGGAUGUAG